GUGUGUGAGGGUGGGGUCAAGACAAUGACGUUGUUUCACCAGUCAAGAGCUCACUCAGCAGAGAAACUCAUGGCUCACACUACAUUCUCCCACCACUGCCUCUUUGCCUUCGAGAGCAUGGGGCAGACAAAGAGGCAAGUCUGUCUGACUCCAGAGGCACUGAAAUACUGGUAUGGAUCUGUAAUGUGGUGCACACCAUGCUUAGAGUGAUGAACUCCACACUUUUACUAUGGUGAACCACCUCUAAGCAAUUGAGAUUCUGCGCCUGGCAAGAAGAAAGGACCAACUGAAUACAGUUUUCUUAAUGUAGAGUUGGGCUCUCUCAAACAUGCCAACCUAAACUCAUUCAAGGAAGCUUUUUAACUUGAGGAGAAGUUCUGAGAAGAUCUACAACAGGAGCUUUGGUAUGUCCACUGCAGAAAUGAUCCCAGAGAAAGCUUGUAAUGAUAGUCGGAUCGUGGAGGAGAAUGGGGGCCCGACCAUCAGCGCGAUGAUGUUUGCAGCUGGAGUGCUCGGGAACCUGGUUGCGUUGAUUCUCCUGGAGUUUCGUAGGAGGAAAGAGAAGAACCGGAAGAGGCAAUCUUUGUUCCAUUUGUUGGUGACCACGUUGGUCAUUACGGAUCUAAUGGGAACCUGCUUGAUCAGUCCCCUGGUACAGAUUGCAUACUUCAAAAACAUCACACUGGUUGGGAUGAGCGAGUCUCCUGCUGCUCCCGUGUGUCAAUAUUUUGGAUUUGCAAUGACCUUCUUCAGUCUGGGGACACUUUACAUCCUCCUCGCCAUGGCACUGGAGAGGUCCAUCUCCAUCGGGUACCCGUACCACUAUGGGAGGCACGUCACCAAGCGCUGUGGAUACAUCACCAUCCCUUGCAUUUAUCUAGCCUGCUUUCUAUUCUGCUUGAUGCCGUUUGCGGGCUUUGGGAAAUAUGAACAAUACUGUCCUGGGACGUGGUGUUUUAUUGCCAUGAAUCCAAAAGAACCUGAAGACAAGGCUUAUGCCAACGUUUAUGCCACCAUGUUGCUGCUUAUUAUUAUAGUUAUAGUGGCGUGCAACUGUUUUGUGGUUUAUCAUCUGGUGUUAAUGUACCGGAGGCGCAAAAUGAACCGAGGAUCGGUGCAGACCCGGAGUAAAAGAGACAGGAGGUACUUCUCAUGGGCAGAGGAGGUGGAACAUCUCAUUCUUCUGGUCGUCAUGACGGUCAUAUUUGUCGUUUGUUCCCUGCCAUUAAUGAUCCGCGUAUACAUCAAUUCUUUGGUAAAGCCUGGAAACUACAAGACUGAUCUAAUAGCUCUGCGGUUCCUCUCGGUCAACUCCAUCAUUGACCCCUGGGUGUUCAUCAUCCUCAGCCCCUCAGUUCUUCGCUUCCUCUGGGGGGCGCUGUGCAAGACCACCUUAAUGCCCUCCAGGAACUCCUUGUUUAAAACGUCCAUUACCAAGAACCCAGCAGACCAAAUCGAGCUGUACCAAACCAGUUCCACCUAUGUGGAGAGCACACAUCUCAAGUCUGUUCAGAUGAUCCGACAAUGAAGACAGAAGACAAUGAUGAUGUACUGGAUGGAUCCGUCGAAAAAUCUAUAUGCUUUGGAAGGCGAGUCUUAUCGAGGUUUAAAGGGUUAGUUCACCCACAAAUGAAAUUUCUGUCAUUUAUUACUCACCCUCAUGUCAUUCCACACCCAUAAGACCUUCGUUCAUCUUCAGAACACAAAUUAAGAUAUUUUUGAAAUC